CGGCCAGAUAUUGACAGACAGAAGGCAGUUCUUUGGGAGCGAUGGUGAACCAAAUAGCAUCUCUAUCCUUCUCAGUGGAAAAUAAUCAUGGCGGUAAGGAAGGAACUGCAGACUUCGAGAAAGCUAUCAAACUCUGCGGAUAUGGAAGGUUUCACUAUUGUUUUCUAUUUCUCUGCGGCGCGAUGUUCAUCUGCGUCGGUUGCCAAAAUGGCAUAAACGCAUACAUCUUGCCAUCCGCGGAAUGUGAUCUGAACUUAUCAUCUGAACAAAAAGGUCUCCUGAACGUCUCCUUCCUCGUGGGAGGAGUGAUCAGUUCCCUUUUCUGGGGAGUAUUCGCUGACGCUUAUGGCAGAAGAUACAUUCUUCUCCUAACUAUGCUGUUCGAUAGCAUUUUGUCGAUCGGAGGAAGCCUUUCGCAGAGCUUCCAAGUCCUGUUGAUUUUCAGAGCUCUCAAUGGAUUUUUCAUCGGUGCGCCUGGAUCAUUGAUCUAUACGUACCUUGGUGAAUUUCACGCGGAAAAACAAAGGGUAAAAUCGAUCUGCUACGUGGGGUUCUUUUGGACCCUUUCCUGGUUAAUUCUACCUGGUUUGGCUUGGAUAAUCAUACCACUGCCAAUAUCGCUUCAAUUCAACGGCAUUCUGUACAACUCUUGGCGACUCUUCUUGGCCAUGAUUGGAAUACCAACGUUAAUGGUCACCCUGGUAGCCACCAGAUACCCCGAGAGCCCAAAGUUCUUAAUCUCUCAAGGCAAAACGGAAGAAGCAUUGGCGAUUUUACGAAAAAUCUUCGCGAUAAACACUGGCCAACACGAGGACGAAUACCCCGUGAAAAUCUUGUUGCCCGAUGAUACUGUAAAUACUAGCAACAACAAGACAGCCCUCUCCGGAUCGGGCAUAUUAACGGAAUUAUUGAAAAAUAUUUGGCAACAAAUGCGUUCUCUUGCGUCACCGCCGCUUCUGCAAUACGCGCUCCUCACUUGGGCCAUUUAUUUCACAAACAUGUUUGGGUAUUACGGUUUGGGUUUGUGGCUGCCAGAGUUGUUCAAUCGUUUCGAGAACUAUCAUAAUCAAUACCCUAACCGAACCGUGAGCGUUUGCAGGCUAAUGCACGAAACUGAUCUGCAACGGAUCGCGACGCCUCCGCCCAACAUUUUGGUCGAGUCACCGACCGCCAUGAGCAAUUGCAGUCCCAACAUGGACAAAAUGGUGUUUAUCAAUUCGUUGACGAUCAACGCGUUCUGCUUGCUCGGUAACAUCGCGUCCGGCUAUCUGGCGAAUCGCGUUGGUCGACGAACGAUGCCAGUGACAACGAUGCUGUUGGCUGGCGCGUUUGGUUUCGGUAUAUACUUCGUCAGGUCCUCGUUGCAAAUACUGAUCGUGACCUGCCUGUUCUCGUUGACGAUAGUAACCGCGAAUUUCGUAAUGGGUAGCAUCGUGGUCGACAUAUUUCCAACUCGCGUGGGCGCUGUCGCGAUGUGUAUGAUGACCUGCUUUGGCAGAAUCGGCGCGAUCGCUAGCAAUUUGGCUUUCGGAAUGUUGCUCGACAUCAGUUGCGAAGUGCCCAUUUUCUUGGUCGGCGGUCUAGUGAUUCUUGGAGGAUUACUGGCACUCAUGCUUCCGAGGAAGAAGAGUUGAACAAUCAACGACGCGGGAAAGAAGAGAGAGAAGAAAUAAUUGUAUGCUUAUUGCAAGGUGCGAUGAUCGAUCAUUCCAUAUCAUAUCCAUGCAGAACGUAAACGUUGUUCGACUUGGAAACAUUUCUCGCGAAAUAUUUUGUUAGAACAAAAUGUUCCAAAAACGAAAACAGUUUCUGCGACCGUGUUUCUUUCAUUUGCCUCCUUCGAACUGCUCAUCUUCAUUUGCCAAACUAUUUUAAUACUAUUCCUCCGUAGUCUAUUGCGUCGUGUAAAAUACCAUCGAACUGUUAUCUAGAACUUAACAAAUUGUACGAACGUUAUGUAGAUGAAUAUUUGAGAAACAAUAUCUGCUAUAUCGUGACAUCGAAUGACGCGUGUAAUGUUGUAAACGUUCGUGUAAUUAUUUUGUUACGUAUACAAAUGAUAUUUAGACGUUUGCAUCAUUUACAAAAUGAUGAUAUUGUUACCUAUUUAAAAACACGAAAACGAGUAUUGAAAGUUGCGAACUAUUCGCGUUAACGUGUAAAUAACGAAAUUCGCUCGUUGGAUCAAAUUUGUUCUUUUAUGGAUAAACAUGUUGAUACGUUUAAACGAUAAUCUCGUAAGCUAGGAUCUGCAUAAGCUUUCUACGUGUAUAUCGUUAGAAUUAGAAUAGUAAAAAUUUUACGUAUAUUUCACCAGUAUUUUAGAACUCGAUAGAUAGAAAAUCGAAAAGCUAUAUUUUUGUUAAAUGGUAUACCUCGCAACCAGAUCUCGUGUUGCUUCGACGUUCGAUCUCUUUUACAAAUUGAUCUAUCAUACAGCUGAAUGCAACUAGAUUUCAAUACUCGAGAGAAUGGCGCUGUAUUUCCGUAAACGAUAAAAACGACAAAUUAAAGGGACCAUUUGAAAAGAAAAGAAAUUUUCUGCGGCCAAUAUAAGUGGUAGAUUUAAAAUAACGAAAGAAAUAUACAUAUACUCCAAAGGUUGUCAAGCUUCGAUGAUUAAUGUAUUAAUUAAAAUUAAGAAAUAUUAAUUUUUAAUUUUCUAUCGUUCAAAUUUUAUUGUGAAAUUCUAUUUUGAUAUUCGAAGUUCGCAACUGUUUUGCUGUGAUGCCUGUCCCGUUAAGUUACAAAUCAAGUAACGAUUCUAUUCCCGAUAAAUAAGUAUAAGUAUAACUUUAGUUUUCUUCUCGUUGUCUCUAUUUUGCAUAGGAUUAAUAACUAAUAUUCCGAAGCCUGAGUGUGGGAUGUUUUUGCGUGUAUGCGAACAUGAUGUACUGUAUUUAUAAAGAUAGACCAUGUAAAUCGUAUUUGCGACAGUGUAAAUGUGAACACGUUAUGUGAGAAGCUGAACGAAUACACAUGGAACACUUAUUACAAAAAUAAUAAAUUUUAAUACUCUAAAAACUCUAGAAACCCGUUAUUUUAGCAUAAAAUUCUCGCGUCUUAAACAAUUUAUACGAUUACAAAUAAGUACAGUAGUGCUCAUAUAAGU